AUGUCAUUCGUCAAGAAUUUACUAUUCGGAGGUGUCAAGACAAGUGAAGAUCCAACAGGCGUUACAGGCGAUUCUGAUUCGCCCAAGGACGGCAAAAACACCUCUGAGCCUAUUGUUGAGGGAACUUUUUACCCUAGAACCCUUUAUAAGUUUAACGGCCACGACCAUGAGAAGAUUUUUUUGGCUAUCAAGGGUAAAGUUUUCGACUGUACGCAGGGUAGACAGUUUUAUGGUCCUAGCGGACCUUACUCGAAUUUUGCGGGCCACGACGCAUCUCGUGGUCUUGCCACCAAUUCGUUUGAUUUAGAUACUCUUAGACACUGGGAUCAACCAAUGGACGAUCUUUCAGAUUUGGGAAAAGAGGACAUGGAAGCUCUUGAUGGCUGGUUGGAGCACUUCGAAAAGAAAUACCCGUGCAUUGGAAAACUGGUACCAGAGGCAGGCGUCAACAAUUGA